CAUUAACCUGAAAAAGUCGACACAAAAAAUAGGAAAUAAAAUUAUUAUUUAAAAGUAAAUUAGCGCAGCUUUUGCACGCAGUUUCAGCAAUUAGCUAAGAAUUUGAAAUUCUCGAACAUUUAAAAAAUAGAAAACAACACUAUUUUCAAUUUGGUUGCGGAAUUUUCGCAUUAAAUAUUUCGGUGUUUGAUCUCGCAGCGCUCGCCACACGCACACUGACCUAGACUAACGUGUACUAACGCCUGCAAAAUACGGCCAACACACAGCAAAUACAAGAAAAAAUUGUGAUUUUGUAGCAAACAUAAAGAAAAUAAAUCAAAAAACAAAAUAAAAAAUUAAAAAUUAAAAAAAAGGUUUAAAUAUCAAUACAAAUUCAAAAAAAAAAAACUAUUUAAAAAAACGUACCAAGUGGCACCAAAUUUAGUAAGGAAAAUUUGUUACUAUAAAUAAAUACUGUGAUUUUGGAAAAAUAAUUGUAACUUAAAAAUUAUUCGAAAUAAAACGUGAUUCUUUUUAUAUAAUCCAACGCAUUUAUAAUAAAAAAGACGACUUUUCCGAUCGCGUGCAAUAUCGAUACCUUUUCAGUCACCACAAAAAGCAGAGCAAAGUUCCUAAGCAACGAUAAAAAUGGCUUUGCACGCACACAGCAUCAACACGGUGCGCUCGACCACCAGCUUGAGCAACAUGAUCAACAGCAACAACAACGAUCUGGCAAAUGGCAACAACGAUCGACGUCAUAUUGUUGACAUACUGGUUGGUGUUGUUGCAGUGCCGGUGCUAAUACUUUUCGCACUGCAAUUGGAAAAGAAUUUGCAAAACAUGACCAACAGUCCGUGGUUGGUAUUUGUGCUGGGCGUGGGUCUACUGAUGGUAAUAAUGAUCAUUAUCGGUUAUGUCACACAUCGCUUGAGCGUCUGCUGUUGGACGGGACCGAUCGAUGAAUUGGGCAAUCGCACGGAUGGACGCGGCAUGCCACAUAUCAACACACAAAAUGAUAUAUUGCGCAUCUUGGAUAGCCUGCCGCCCAGUUAUGAUACGGUGGUGAAGCAUGAAAUUCCGCCACCGCCCUACGAUUGUGUCAUUGUCAAUAUGGAGCAAAGCAAGGAGCAGCAAGCCCAACAGACUGUAAACACCGUAGCUACUACAAGCAAUUCUGCCCCAGAGGCUGGUGCCAAAACGACAACAGCAACUAACGCGACUGUGCUACAUAUUUAAGUAGAGUUGGCAGUUCUCCGAGUUUUUUGAAAAAUAAAGCGCUCUUGCAGAACGGCUAGCAAUUAGCUUUAUGGAGAGAGAAAUCAAAGAGAUCGGCACCUUUGCAGCAAAAUUGAAAGAAGAAAACAAUACAAAAGUAGUAAAUAAAUUUAAUAGAAGGGGGUCCAUCA